GAAUUACGCAGCGUAGAAUUACCUAGGAACCGAUGCCGUGAUCUCCCCGUCCCUCUCAGCUUCACUCGGCAGGGAACCCAACCGCGGUGAAGACCACUCGGUCUCUGACAACGCGCCCUGCUAUCUGUACAAGAGAAAAAUGCUCUCCAAGCAUGGAAGCGAGCACCCAGAGUGGUACCAGCUCCUGGCCACAGAACGAGAGAGGAAGAGGAACAAUCUGGAAAAAAUAACUGGCAUUACCUUCUGCGGUUGUGGUUUCCUGGGCAUCUACCUCGUCGGCGCCGCUGCUUAUAUCCAGGAACAUCACCCAAGUUUGCUCAGUCGGCAGCUGGCAGGGUCUUCGUUCGGGUCUAUUGUCGCUGCGUGUGUGGCGUGUGGCGUUCCGUUGCAGCACAUCCGACGCAUCCUGAUCACCGAAGUGAAGAGAAUAAGGAAGACGUUCCUAGGGCCUCUCAACCCGAACUACCGGCUGGAGGAGCCCCUUAUGAACGCCCUGCUCGAGGUUCUGCCGGCGGACGCGCACAUCCGGGCCUCUGGUCGCGUCUUCCUCUCCCUCACCAGCGUCUCGACCUUUGCCAGUGAGGUGGUGAGCCGAUACCCUUCGAGGGACGAGCUGAUCCGCGCCAUCCUUUGUUGUUGUUUCCUGCCGUAUCUUUCCGGCUUCUCUGCUCCGAGCUUCAAGGGACGGAGGUACAUGGACGGAGGCUUCAGCAACAUCAAGCCCCUCGAGGGACCGUCCAUCAUCACCAUCAACGCCUUCUCCGGGAACUUUGACAUCUGUCCCCAAGAUCCCUCGGGCGAACAGCGACCCCUAAACCCCUUUUUUGGCCUCUGCGUCGCCAUGAGCCAAGAGAACCUCUUCAGACUCAAAUGGGGGGUUCUGCCUCCGGAACCUGAGGUGCUCGACCAGUUCUUCCACUUCGGGUACUUCCACGCGAGGACCUUUUUGAGCCCGGACGGCCCCAAGGUCCCAAGGCUGGUGGAGUGCAAGGUCGAGGAGAGCGAGGAGAGCAAAGCAGACUGCCUCGUGCAUGACGUAGGGGGCGCCACAGGGACUACAAAAACGCCCUCGGUUUUUGUCAAGAACAGCGCAGUCCUCAGCAUCCUCUACGGCGAAGGACUCCCCUCCAGGACGUCAGCAGAAGGAGAUGCGGCCUUCGAGGUCCACCUUCAGACGGGAAACAAAACCUUUGUUUUGGCUUUUGGCGAACACGGAUUACAGGUGUCGCAGCAGGGACAAGGAAGCGAUGAAACGCGGGACUUUGGCGACGCGGUCUUCCCUCUGGAUCUGCGUCGGGGCGUGUGGCAGAUGAUCGGCGUGGGCGUGACGGGCGGCUGGCUGACCGUCAUGGACCCGCUCUUGCCUGACCUCGUUUUCCAGAGACGUCUCGGCGAGGGGGUGGGCGGCGCGACGAGGGUGCACGUCGUCAGCCAGAUGCAGCUGGCGGUCAUCUUCAACUGCGAAGCGGGAUGCCCCGUGCUCACAAGCCCCUCGUUAACGGCGCAGCAUCUCCAAGUAGCGUCCAGCCGCGCGUUCUACGUGUUCCCGAUUACCAGUCGUUACGUAGUUUCACUUGAGGUGGAGGUGGCGCGGGCGGGAGGCGGAGGGGGCGAGGCGGAGAGGCUGCGGCUGGAGGUGCACCGCGGGGGCAUGGCUCGCCUGAGGGAGUGGAACAAGGUGCAGGUCAUCCUUGAGCCAGGGAGCCACGAGAACCUGGUCAUUUUGGAGAUCAACGGCGAAGUGUCCUCGAACGACGCUGUUCGUGGCAGUCUGGAAAGCGUUCACGUGUCGUUGGAGGAAAUCAGCGACGCCAGGUUUGCUGCCCGCUGUAGACCCGCCAGUCCCAGGAAAGAAAUGGCCGGCACCAGACCCAUCUCCUCCUGCUCAUGGAACCUCGUGCUUGGCCUGAUAGCAGUGUCCGCUCUGCUGUCUUUUCUCUUGUUUAUCACCUGCUGCCUCCUCUGCUGGACCAAGGGCAAGGCCAGAGCUAACAAUGACAAAGACAUUGUAAGGCAAAUGAUAAGGAAGACACAUCCAGUACGUGAAGAACGCAAAGUCACGUCUUACCAUCACUACGAAGAGGUGGAGCGUGUGGUCGCCGAAGCCGUGUUCCGAUCUCGCCCUCUGUGUUCCGUCCCCGAAGAGAGCGUGUCCGAACCCCCUGACGUGGACUUGGCCGUGGGUGGAGAACAGCUGUACCAGAACAUACCCGGGUCUUGCAAGAGGUAGAGGGAACAUAUCACAAGAGUGGUGGUCUUCGCGCCAAGUUGAAGAACGUUAUUGCCGUUUUUGGGUUAUUCUGAAUGUUGUUUUGUUGUGCUGUUUGUGUUCUCGGUUUAUGACUCGACAAUGAGAUGAUUUCUGCCAUUACCAACACUACUACAACAACCACUUCUACUGAUACUUCUACCACUUACACUACUACUACUAUCUACUACUAUUGCUACUACUACUACUACUACUAUUGCUACUACUACUACUACUACUACUACUACUACUAUUACUAGACGUAGCUACUUCUACAAACUGUUGUUACUACUGCUAUUAUUACAACUAAUACUGGAGCUGCUACUAAUGCUAUUGUAUACUACUUCUUAUUACUUCUACAGCUACUACUACUACUACUACUACUGUUAUUACUAUUAUUGAUACUAAUACUGUCACUACUACGACCACUGCUUCUACUCCUCGUGCUACUUUUAUUACUUCUACUGCCAGUACUACUACAACUAUUACUGGUGCUACCACUACUUCUAUUAUUACUUCUACUACUACUACUAUUACUGGUGCUACUACUACUUCUGUUAUUAUACUACUACUACUACUACUACUACUUCUACAAUCACAACAGAGACGCACAUACAGAAAUUAAGUUUAGGAAAUUAAAACUAAAAAUUAUACAAAGAAGGGUAUCAAGAAGUUCCUUAUUACUGAACUUGCUUUCAUAGAUAUGAAAAAGAAUAUCAUUUAUUCUGGGAUCAUAUCGUGGAUAAAUUUGCCAAUAUAAACAUCUAAAGUAUGUCUCUAUGCGGACAAAAGGGUAUGUUAUUCUUUAAACUUUAAUCAUACCUAUCUAUUCUUGUUUACUUCCCCUUUCGUGGGCUGAAUUAUGGGAAUAUGUAUACCUAUGAUAGACAAUAAAAUAUAUAAUAAAACGUGUUACGAAA